AUGGCGGAUAGGGGAAGCACGGGCGCGCAGGCGAGGCUUCCGGCGGCUGCAGUGGCGGAAACAGCACCGUCGCUGCGCGCGAGCGUGGGCGGCAGUGCGAGUCCGGGGAGAGGGGGAGAUGGGGGAGGGGUGGAUGGGGGAGGAGGAGAGGGGGGAUGGGGAGGCGGGGACCUCAGGGUGAACGACGCAUGGGAGCAGGGAGCUGUGAGGCGGCGCAUCCCCUGCAUCCCCCUCUCCCUCCGCAUCCCCCUCUCCCUCCGCAUCCCCCUCUCCCUCCGCAUCCCCCUCUCCCUCCGCAUCCCCCUCUCCCUCCGCAUCCCCCUCUCCCUCCGCAUCCCCCUCUCCCUCCACAUCCCCCUCUCCCAUGUCGCUUCACACAUGCCCAUUCACCCAUGUUUCUGCCUUCAUGCGCCCAUCCUCUUCUUCCAUGCCUUUUACCAGCGUGACAUCACCAUUUCUCCUCUCGACAGUUCUUUCAGUGACUUCUCCAUUGAACAAUCAUUCCGCAACAAAUUCCUGUCACCUGCUGGCCUUGCCACACCCCUUGCAGUCACCUGCUGGCCUUGCCACACCUCUUGCAAUCACUUCCGCCAACCACGGGUAGAGCAGCACAGGGACGUGCAACGUUCCGCCUCCCCUGUCCACGUCCCGCCUCCCGUCGCUUCAGCAUUUGCCAGUGCUGCAGCCUGGAGGCUUUUAUGGCGUCUCAAUGCUCUCAUGGGAGCUGGGUGCGAGAUGGAGCGACGUGCUAGCAUCACUGAAGGAGGUCAAUCCUCUCCCCAGCCCCGCCCCCCUCCCACUUUAACCGCCCAUGCGCACGGUGCCAUGCGGCGGUGUGUGCUGGCAGGGCUGAAGGAGCUACCCACGCACAGGGAGCGAUGCGGCGGCGGGUGCUGGCAGGGCUGGCAGGGGCAGGCGGUGCGCAGCCGAAGGGCCAAGUUUGUGGUGCUGGCGCCUAACGUGGAGGAGGUGAGUGGGCAGGUGAGGGGGGAAAGGUAG